AUGCAGAAGACUCGGCUGAAGGAGUUGUUCCGAAUGAGGCGUACGCCGCGACCCGAGAGCAGCGACGCCGCAAACAGCGUCACCACACGGCUACCGGGCAACAGCGGGACGGAGCUCGCUAUCACAUCACUGCCUAGCAACGCCGAGCCCGUAAUGAGCUCCCAGGACAAUGACACGCCUGACACUCAUGCUAAUGAGCCUGACGUGCCGGAUCAGUCAGCCAAUCAGGAGUCCGUGCUGUCUGACGUCGGCCGCUACCGGCGCUCGCGGAUGAAGCGCACCAGUAAACUCAACCGCUCUGCUAGCACAAGCAGCGCUGAUAAUAAUUCCCCGCGUGUCAGCCUCUCUACAUGCUCAAGCUCGAGUACUAGUGGAAGCAGCAGCGAUCGCUCAUGUAUAAGCCUGGACAGCGUGGAUGUAAAAUCACUCAGAGCAAUCGCCUUUGCCAGAAAUCCAUCUUCCCUGCCGCGCUCGCGUUCAGAGACGAGAUUCGGACCCAAAGCGCGGACCCGACUGUACAAACGAUCGCUCAGGCAUCAAUCGUCAGACAGUGUUGUUGUGAUCGGAGGCAUGCAUCAAGAGAAUAAGAUACUGCGGUCGAGUCCGUCGGAGGCAGCCAUGUCGACCACGAGCUCCGUGGAGCAAAUCGCAGCGCCGAAACCCAAGAUGGGACCUCACCCAAAGAAGAAGAUGCUUCGCUCGCACAGCGAGUCGGCCAUUGAUGUCACCAUGCUCCGUACCGCCAAGAACAACCUGCAAGACUCGGCGGGCAAUAUCACUCCCAAGACGGGCAUCGUCUGCUCCAACGAAGACCUCAUGAAGAUCCUCUCCGAUGCCAGGAAACAAAAGGUGACCCGGAGACGCAACAACACCAUCGUCUGCCGGCUGGAUGCUACCCCGGAGCUGCCCCAGGAGCACACCGCGACCGAAGAAGCCGAGACUUGCCUCAACGAGGACAUAGCUGAGAUAGCACCUCUCCCUAAAAGAUCCCUGGGUGCCCCCACCAACACUUCUCCACGAUCCUGGUCAAGUAGACACCACAGCAUGCGAAUUACCAACAACCACACCACGGGAGAUCUCAACACCUGCGCCAUGGACUUGCACGACUGGUCCCCCAAGCACGCCCUGAUCACCCCCAACCAGAACUCUAACACCAACGCCAACUUCCCGACCAAGAUCUUCUCCAGAGGUGAGAAGCGGACCUCUAACGGAUUCUGCCGGAAUCGCUCCUACCCGACCACCACGGCCCAGUGUCCUACAGAACUGGAACCCAUGCUUGGGGAGGUCGAAAGCGACCAGGACGACAACGGUAACAUAGUGGAGGUAGAGGAGGAGGAGGUGCCAGCUGUGGUACCUGUCAUCCAGACGCCGUCACCCGUCAAAUCACCCAGCCCAGUCACUACACCUGAAGCCGAGAACCAGCCAAGCACGAGUACGAGUCCAGCCCCGCAAACCAUCGUCUGCACCGGCUUCGACCCGGAGCUGCUCGGCCAGGCGAUCGAGCGACACCUGACCAUCGCCAAGGUGAGCCCGACCCACGAGAGCAAACCCGAACGGAGCCGAUCCAAUUCCAUCAAGAGUAUGUGGACACAGAACCGAAUCAGCAAUCUGGUCACGCGGUUCCCCUUCCGGAGGGAGAACUCAACAACAGCCGCAGUGUAAAAAAAGGUUUACCGAUGUAAAUAUACUCUGUAAAUAAAGAUGUAUUUAUCAUUACUAUUCUCACGUUAAACUACAUCAUUUUUUUUAUAUUACAUGUUAUGCAACGCCUAAAUAAAUCCGCGUCAUCUGAUUGGUGGGUCGCCCAUCACAUGUCAUUGAAUUAUUCCUCCAACCCACGGCCCAGCCGCACCGCAAAAAAUAAAAGUUCUAUUGUCUGGUAAAUAGAAAUUAUAUUGCACGGUCACACCACUGGUGGCUCUGACCAAUCAGACGACGAGGAUUUAUUCAGGUGUUGUGUAAAACAAACAAUGAAUGUUUCACAUUCGUGCAAUGGUAAGAAUCAUUUCAUUCGGUGGCAGACGGAAUGUUCAAUUCACAUUCCACAUAUCGUCUCAUGAAAUUAUUCUUACCAUUGCACUAAAAAAACCAUUCAUUAUUAGUAAAGUAUGAUAACCAAUCGAAACAUUAGUGCUAGAACCACAUGUCACCUAAAUAAUUCACAAUCCAACCAGUUGGUUAUAGAAACAACUAGCAAAAAAAUUACUGCAAUUUUACCCAUAGUACGUCUAUAUUAAACAUACAAAAAUACUUUUUCAUGUAUCACGUUCAUCCUAAUCAAGGAGUAUAGUCCUACGUGUACAAUGUGUAAUCAUAUACACCGCAGUAAGUGAAUGAAACACGGAGAUAUUAAAGACAUGUUUAUAGCAAAUACAUCAUGGAUACCAAGUAUUAUAAAAUAUCACCGGCAAAAUUUAGCGAGUUGGUGUAACCAACACAAAAUAAGCAAUGAUUAACAAUGUGUAUAGCGAAGAACAUGUUGACAUGUCGCACUUAUAUUUUAAUUUAUUUUGUACGAAGUAUGGAGGCAUUAGUAUAUACAGCAAAGUAAUACUAUAAUUAUAUGAAAAUAUACGAUAUUUUUGCACGCUUUUAUGCUGGCACCGUUGAAUAUUUAUGUUAUCGUCGCUGGGUCGAUGUAUGUAAAACAUUUUUUUAUUGUGUCAUACGGGGAAUGGCAUUCCAAAAAGAUUCCAUGAUUUCCAAUGUAGGCAUCGAUUUGCCUGUAGUUCAUGUCAUUUAUGAUCUUGUUAUGAACGCCACAUCACUAUUGAAUGAAUGAAGAUGCGAAUUAACUUGUACACACACACAAAACCGCAGCAAAACUACGACAACUUGAGUACAAACGUUUUCGGUAAAAUUACUGUUUUCAAGCGGAACUAUGUUGCUAGGAAACGGGUGUUGGCAUGACAACCCAUUUUUAUCUCAAUAUUAAAGGCUACCGAUAUAGCUUUAUCCUUUUUUUCGCGUUCGUGGUGCCAUAUUCGCGCUUUUAACUUAUUAUUAUUCGUAUUUAUAAAAAAUGUAUUUAUAUUUUAUUUAGUUCAAUACUUAUCUAUCACUAGCCACGAUGAUAUGAAUAAUCUCAUGUUAUCUACCUAUACUAUUAUAUAGGAAUAACUCAGCUGUUAAACAAGAUUAACCUCCAAGAUUAUUAUGUUUUAAUACAGUGACACAUUAAUCAACUUGCACCUGUUUAAGUCCAGCAUUCGUUGCACUAUCCUCACAAGGAAUUAAAUCUACCGAGGGCAACAUUUAUAAAAAAUCACGUUAAUAAUUCAGCUAGGAAGGCUCAUAUUAAUUCAUUUAAUUAUGCCGCAUUCAGUAUUCAUUUGAAAAAUAUUUAUUUUGCUUUGUAUCAUUUUGCUUAAAGGUUCAACUGAAAUAUAUUGGUAUUUUAUGUGUUUAGCCUGUGUGCAGUUGCUAUCGACCUUAUGCGUUAGGGCGAAGUCAGAGGGCAUUGGUUUUUGUAUUGCGUGGAUAAGCAUUAGUAAACCUUUUGCGCAUUCAUUGUUACUAAAUUUAAAUGACACAGAAUGCCCUCUGAAAAACCCGUAAUGGAUAAGGUCUAUAGCAAAAUAUACAUUUAAGUAGCGAAAAAAUAUAUACCAUUUAAAGAACCAAGGUAAUUUUAGUCGACAUGAUGGUAAAUCGAGAAGAUAAUUUACCCAAAUAUUUAUCUAGAAUCCUCACUGUAUGUGUUUUAUUUAUUUAUUUAUUUAUUUUAAAUCUUUGGACAACACAGAAGUAAACGAUAUCUCAUUAGCAGGGGCUGCCCAGGGAAGAGCAACAGUUAAAAAAAAAACUGUCAUCAAAAGAUGUGCUCUCCCAAAAUAAAUUCGUUGUUUAACAACAAAUUUAUUUUAAGUUUUCUGUAAGCAUUUUACGAUUACGAUUGUUAAAAUAGGAUUUUGUAUGGUAUCUAUGAAGUUGAACAUCACUGUACGUUUACUGUACCGGAACUACGCAAUUACAAAUGAAAUUUUUGGACUGUCGUUUGAGAAAUGCUAGCUUCGGCAACAACAAAUGCAGCAUGUUUAGUAUCAGGCUAAAUACAUACGGAUUUUAUCCGAGUACGAUAGACUACGAAAAGCAACUGUCGAAAUGUUUUCGAGUCAACAAAGUGGGAAAAUAACUAACUUUUUAAUUAAGAAUUAAAUAAAAUAAACAACGAUUCGCAAUAGUAUUACACCGUAAAUAGAUCAUAUCGAGCAAAAAUGUUCUGGAUUUCAUGAGGAACGUUAAUACACGCGUUUCUUGUUUUUGUUACGUAAUUAAAAAUAAAAAAAUACUAAACAUCGGUAUAAAAAAAAUGAAAAGUUGCCCACUGAUAACUUGAUCAUUUAUGUAUUGUCAGCUAUUAUUUCGAUAUCAGUAUGUAUGCUAACUAUGCUAUUUCAUUUAUUGCACUGUUAGAUUCAUUGAUAUAAUACUGGUUUCAUUGACGAACUAAGCACGAAUUUUUGUUUCAAAGAAAACACAAAACAUGAAGAAUCAUGGUAUUACAGCUAUACAUACCUGUAUACAGACCGGUGUUAAACUAUACCUUUUUGUACCAUCGAUGUAUACUCUUGCCAUUACUGAGAAGUACCAUGAAUAAAAUGAAAGUAUUGGGACGAAGAUAAUCGAAA